AUGGUGGCAUCCCAGGCCUUCCAGGCGUUGAUUGACCAGCUGGUGAACCAGCAUGCAACGGAGCUUGAAGCGCUUCGAGCGGCUUUGGCGAGGAAGGAUGAGUCGCCGGUGUUGUCGCCCACUCUGGUGACUGGUAUGGAGCGAAUGAUGACGCCGAUGUCGAUGAGUUCGAACCUCAGCUACCCGGGCCAGUGGCGAAACAAGCGACUUUCCUCACAGUCCGCUCUCGUGGAUGCCAACACCAUCCUCGAAGCAUGGGAUGAACAGGAACACCAGGAGAUGCGAGAUAUUCACAACCAGACACGGUUCUCGACAAGCGAGUCGGAUCCUCCAACGCGCACCGAACGCUGCCAAGAUUUCCUCGUGUCGGCUACAUACGAGGGUGUCAUGGCCGGAGUCCUCGUUGCGAAUAUGUUGUGGAUGGCCUGGACGGUGCAGGUGCAGGGCGAACAGAUCGACCUCACUGACACUUCUUUCGGAGUGGGCAUGCAGAUCUGGAGGGAGAUCUUCUACCUCGGCGAUGCCAUCUUCGCCGGCCUCUACAUUGGAGACGCUUGCUUGAGGAUCCUGGGGCUGGGCCGACAGUUUUGGCGGACCUGGAUGAACUGCUUGGAUUUCGUGGUGGCCGCUUUUUGCGUCGUGGAAGUAUGUUGGCUCCUGUCGACCGACAGUUCCGACGUCAACUUCGACUUUUUCCGGUUGCUGCGCGUCGUCAAGCUGACGAAAGCGCUGCGCAUGUUCAGUGUCGCAGUGGGCCAUGCUCCCCUCCAACUGCUGGUGAAAUGCUUGGAAGCGAGUCGAGGGAUGUUGUUUUGGUCCUUCUGCCUUUUGUCUCUUCUACAACUCUUGGCUGGAGUUGUGGUGAGCAUGCUGGCUGCCCCGUACUUGCUAGACGACCGGAACGACGGUCUCAUGAAGGAGGAGGUCUUCCGAUACUACGGGACCUUCUCCCGAACUUUCCUCACCAUGUUCGAGAUCAUGUUUGCCAAUUGGGGGCCGGCCUGUCGCGUGCUCGUCGACAACAUCUCCGAGUGGUUCGCGCUCUUCUUUUUGCUUUACCGCUGCGUCUUCGGCUUCGCGGUGCUCAACGUUGUAAACUCAGUGUUUGUCCAGCAGACGAUGAAAACUGCAACUUCCGACGAAGAGCUGGCUUUCAAGCAGAAGGAGAAGGACAUCGCGCAGUACAACCGGAAAGUGCGGAAACUCUUUCAAACCAUCGACUCUUCUGGAGACGGCGCGAUCAACUUGGAGGAGUUCGAAAAGCUGGUGCAGUCACCCAAGCUGAGCUUCUGGAUGAGCCAAUUGGAGUUGGAGUACCACGACUUGUUGAGCCUCUUCGAGUUCCUCGACAACGGCGAUGGCCAGAUCACGCUUUCGGAGUUCAUUGAGGGCGCUGGACGCCUGCGGGGCAGUGCGAAGGCCUUGGACAUCUGGCGCAUGGAGACCAAGAUAGAGGUCUUGUUCGAGGAAGUCUUCAAGAUCCUGCCACAAGUUUGGCCGGCUCAGGAUGAACACGAGGACGAGGAGGAGGACGUCGGGCAGCAAGGUGAAAGGCGCUGCAGGACGAGCAGGUGCCACAAAAUGGCAAUACCAAGCGACCUCGGCCGUCUGAAGCACGUGCAACUCGCAGAGCCGUCGAAGCGCACGCAUCGCGCCACAGGAACCGAAGGUGCCAAGACCUUCAAAGUUGCUAGGUUCGGGUCACUGCAGCGUGAGUUCCACGCCCAGGAAGACGACCAGCGUCCAGGGCUAACUCACAGGAGUGGCUGGCGAAUUCACAUCUUCGUAGAAGGUGACGCUCCACAACUUGCACGCGACGAAGAGUUGGAGAUCAUCUUGACACAGCCAGGCGCGGGGCGCGCUUUUUCAAUGCCCGAAGGGCAUGGGUUUUGUGCUGCCAGCUAUGACUGGCAUCGUAUGUCGAAGCCCUGA